AUGAGCUCCGACGAUAUCGGAGCGGCAUCAGCGGCCCAGCAGGGACGCGGUACCAGGAACAUGGACGAAUCGUCACAGGAAUAUCAGAUUAUUUUGCCCCGGCUGCCAUCAGGUGAUGCAACGCUGCAUACAGUUUUUUUGCACGCCGAUAUCAGGGCGCGGCCGUACCGCGUCCAGGAUUUCAGGGACGCACUUAUUCGUUUGGCUUUGCUCCCCGAGGUGGCUGCCUUGGGGGCGUACCAAAUGAAUCAUGUUUGGGCCAUCACACUCAAGAGCGCUGAGGGCAAGAAGAAAAUGCUUGCUGCUGGUGACAUAGCGGUGAAGAACCAGCGCUGUAUCGCUAUAGACCCAAGCCACCAGGAUACGAGACUGAAGAUUCAUUGGCUACUGUAUAACGUUCCUGAUGACGACGUGCGAGCAGCGUUGGCACCUUAUGGCAAGGUGAAUGAAAUAGUGCGAGAACGCUGGCGCGUGUAUGGCUGCACAGACAAAGGUUCAUCGACGCGUGCGGUGAGCCUCAAACUCAAACCAGGCCUCACGGUAGACGACCUCCCACAUCAGUUACGGAUUGCAGGAGACCUCACGCUCGUUGUCGUAGCGGGAAGAGCACCGCUAUGCCUGCGUUGCCGAGGCACAGGCCAUAUUAGGAGGGAGUGCCGGGCCCCGCGGUGCGCAGUGUGUCGGCGUUUUGGGCAUGACGAGAGCGGGUGUUCGAGUACAUACGCAAGUGUGACCGGGCCCGUGGGGAGCGAAGAACUAUCUGAGCACCACAUGGACGAGGUCGAGGCAGAAGAGCUCACUGGAGGACGUCGGGAGGAAUCAACACCCAGGUUAACGCCCCUUCACGCCCCCUGAGUGCUGCUUCAACUGGUAGCAAAGACA